AUGAAGACUAGAACAAGCUUGGUCGCCUCUGCUGCGGCCUUUGGCUGCAUAGUGCUUCCCACCCAUGCGGCCACGAAUGCCACCAUGAACUCGCAGAUCCGUCUUGCGCUCUUUGGAGACAGCGGAAUGCGGGUGAGCUGGAACACCUUCCAGCACGUCGACACGCCCACCGUUCACUGGGGCCGCUCGGCAGACAAUUUGAACGAAACUGCUUCAUCCAAUGUGUCGGUUACGUAUCCUACCUCUUUGACUUACAACAACCAUGUCUUGAUCCGCGGUCUGAAGCCUGACACCACCUACUUCUACCUCCCGGCGCCGCUGCUGAAUGACAAUGACGCGACGCCGUUCAAUUUCACUACACUCCGGCCGGCUGGUGAUACCACCCCCUUCUCCGUUGCUGUUGUUGUGGACCUGGGCACGAUGGGCAGCCAGGGUCUGACUACGCAUGCUGGCAAAAAAGUUGCAUCCACCAACAUCCUCAAAGUCAACGAGACCAACACGGUUCAGUCUUUGAAGGAACACAUUGACGAAUUCGACUUUCUCUGGCACCCUGGUGACAUUGCCUAUGCGGACUACUGGCUCAAGGAGUCGAUUCAAGGCUUCUUGCCCAACGUGACCGUUGCCGAUGGUGUCAAGACGUACGAGUCCAUCUUGAACGACUUUUACGACGAGAUGAUGUCCGUGACGGCCACAAAGCCCUACAUGGUCGGGCCGGGAAAUCACGAAGCCAACUGCGAUAACGGCGGAACCACAGACUUGUCCAAGAACAUAACCUACACAAACAGCAUCUGCAUGCCAGGCCAGACCAACUUUACCGGAUACAAGAAUCAUUUCCGCAUGCCCAGUGCUCUGUCAGGGGGCACCGGCAACUUCUGGUACAGCUUUGACGACGGCAUGACCCAUUUUAUCCAGCUCGACACCGAGACAGACCUGGGUCACGGCUUCAUCGCACCUGACGAGGUUGGCGGUGUGGAGGGUAUGGGCGCGUCGUCUGUCAAUGCCACACUCGAUGCACAGUCUACCUGGCUCGAGGCCGAUCUGGCUGCCGUCAACCGCUCCAGGACGCCUUGGGUGGUCGUUGCCGGCCAUCGUCCGUGGUACCUCAGCCACGCAAAUACCAGUGGCACUAUUUGCUGGUCCUGCAAAGACGUUUUUGAGCCGCUGCUGCUCAAAUACAGCGUCGAUCUGGUCCUGUCUGGACACGCACACGUUUACGAGCGUCAGGCUCCUCUGGCUAACGGGAAGGUCGAUCCGAACGAGCUCAACAACCCCAGCUCCCCCUGGUACAUUACCAACGGUGCUGCCGGACACUACGAUGGCCUUGACGCCUUGCAGACCCCGCGUCAGUCGUACAGUCGCUUUGGUCUUGACACCACCAAUGCAACCUACGGCUGGAGCCGGCUGACUUUCCACAACUGUUCCUAUUUGACACACGAUUUUAUUUCUAGCAGCAAUGGGUCUGUCCUCGACUCGGCCACGCUGUUUAAAGACCGCAACUGUCCUUCUGCUGCCGUGAACAGCACCGGUAGCAGUACCGCAGAGAUUAAUGCCUCGGCUAGAAGUCCCCUCACAGGAUCACGGGCAGCCAUGGUGGCAUCUCUCAUUGCUCUCUUUGGGCUCUUGUAG